AUGGCCUGUCGUUGGGGUGGCCAUCGCUUUGCCCUUCUGCAGAAGAAGCAGACUGCGGCAGGGUACAUGGCAAGCGCGGGGAAGGUGGGAAGUGAAGAGAAGUGGGCACAGGCGGCGAUGGAGUAUCUGCACGAAAAGAGGCACUGCAAUGACAGUCGAAAGCGGCAGCACGAUGUGGACAACGAGCGCCGUAUUGCGCUUGCGUUCGACCGCUACUGUGCCAUCGGUGAGAAAAAAUUUGCGGCUCGCAUGUCCCGUCUUGCCGCCCGCAUGACGGAGGCUCUGGAGGCGAUGGCGGAGCUUGGCAUGGAGCAGGCGCGUGAGGAGGCGCUGCUGCUUUCGUCUGAGCAGCCCCCUGGCAACUACCGCCGCCCCUCGUUGACACCUCCCGUUCCCGGGUAUGAGCCAGGAUACGGCCUGGAUGUGCCGCAGCUUUCCUCGCAGCAAGCGGAGUAUCCGCCAAUUGUUCGUCCCACAGAUGUGUUGGAAUUUGGCGCCAACGCAGACCCUUCUUUUCCGUUUGUCGACGCAUAUCGUGUAGAGGAUCUGACAGCGCUUUGUGCGCGGGAGUUGGAGGAGCGGCAUGGCGAGAUACGCGAGGCUGCGCCAUUGACAGGGGUGGAGGGCGAGGCGUGGGAGGCGUAUGUAGCGUUGCAGAAAAAGGCCCUCGCCCGGCAGCAGCUCAUCUUUGAUCUCUGCAAUGACCCAGAGCUGCGGGAAAAGUAUGACGCAGAUGCCGAGUUUCGGGAGCAGCAGUGGGCAGAGCGUGGUAUGCUGCCGCUUGAGAUUAAAGAAGAAGAAUUACGGGAGGUGGAGCGCCACUAUGCACAGGAGCCCGCGUAUCAUGCGUUUAGAAAAAUAUGA